CCGAACUAAAACAACAUAGAGGUUAAACUGUGCGUCAAAAAUUAUAUCAUAGAAUUAUUGAUAUAGAAAUAAAAUUUUAAUGAAAAAAUAUUUACGGUCGAAUGGAUCGAAACGCAACCUCUUUAGUUAAAUCAAACUGCACACAGUUUAGGAGUUCAGCACAGACAAACAAUGUGAAAUUUUUAUAUAUAAAGACUAGCUAACGUUGUUAACGUUGUAUUGCCAUAUAAUGUAAUAAAAAAUUUUUUUGGGAUGCAACUGAUUCUCAGACCUACCAAAUAUAUACUACAACAAUUAUUAUAUUCGACUGCCAUCUUGCAGCCCUAUUGCGAAUGUGUGAAUGGAAUAGAAUAUUAUAAAAAUCACGAUACAAAAAUAGGUGUUGAUCGUAGAGGAGUGAAAAUUUAGGUUUGUAUGUACGUUUUUAUGUUGUAUUAUAAAAAUAUAAAAACAAAAAAAUUUGUCUCUUAAAAUAAAAAAUAAAUUUUGGGGUGGACCACCCUUAACAUUUAGGGGGAUGAAAAAUAGAAUUUGUCUGAUUCUCCACCCUAGGCGAUAUACACGCUAAGAUUUACGAAAAUCGGCCCAGCCGUUUCGGAGGGGUUUAACUACAAACACCGCGACACGAGAAUUUUAUAUAUUAGAUUUGACAUUUUUUUUUUUAAAUUUGUUUCAUUAUGAGUCUGCAUUAAAAAUACAUACAACUUCAAAUUUUCACCCAUCUACGAUCAACAGUUACUUUUGUAUCGCGAUUUUAAUAUCGGCAAUACAACGUUUGCUGGGUCAGCUAGUAAAAAUAUAAAAACAAAAAAAUUUGUCCAAAAAAUAAAAAAUAAAUUUUGGGGUGGACCACCCUUUUAGGGUGUCAUUUAGGGGGAUGAAAAAUAGAUGUUGUCCGAUUCUCCACCCUAGGCGAUAUGCACGCUAAGAUUUACAAAAAUCGGUCCAGCCGUUUCGGAGGAGUUUAACUACAAACACCACGACACGAGAAUUUUAUAUGUUAGAUAUUUCGGUUCAAACUCCUUAAUUAACAACAUAGCCCAUAGGUGACGACUUUAGAUUUACAACAUACUAGCGUCAAACAAAGCGUGCAAGGGAGAAAGGAGAAGAUCCAUUACGCUUGAUAUUAGCUCUAACUUAAACUCACUUUGGUUGGUAUUUUUUUUAUAUAUUUAUUAAUAAAAAAAAAAUACAUUGCGGUUUCAAAGCAAUAAAAACCACCGAGGUUUGUACAAUUGCUAAAUUAAGUCUGCACCAACAGAGUUAAAUUAAUAAAAGAAAAAAUAGUUCACAAUCGUUAGAAACUUAGCUAUAGGUACAUUAUAAUUUUACAAAUAAAAGUAAAAGUACUUGGCACAAUUAAUAGUUUAAUUAACCUGCUAAAAUUAAUUAAAUUUACAAAAAAUAAAAUAACACCUUACAUAAUAACCUGGAUCAGAGAAAACCACUACAUUAUAGGAACAAACCGACAUACACAUAAAACGAUUAAAUUAUUCAAAUAUUGCUACCAACGCAAUCCAAGAAAAUGGGCUCAAAAUCUAUUUCUUAAAAUGACAUCAUAUGGACAUUGGUCUGUCAUUUACGCAAUCAAAAUGAACACUGACUCCAAAUGUGGCAUUCACAACACAUGAAUAGGUAUAUAAGUAGUAUUCCUCGUGGAUUGAGCCUGGUGGCUUGGGUGGAAGGGAAGGAAGGCUGGUGUGGGACGCGACUUGCGUCGACACUCUGGCUACUUCUCAUUUCCAAGUUACGUCAGUUGGUGCUAGGGCUGCUGCUUUCACUGCCGAAGACAGAAAACGUCGCAAAUACGUCGGUCUCAGUGAGUCUUACAUCUUUGUGCCAUUUGGUUUCGAGACACUUGGCCCGUGGGGCCCAAUGGUGUGGAGAAUGUACAAAGCACUAUCUUCGUGCCUCAAUAAGGUACUGGCAACCCAAGCGCUGGCAGCUAUUUCGGUCAACGGAUCAGCUGGAAAUGCAACAAGUAUUCUUGGUGCUGGAUAUGGCAUUAGCAGUUCAGCGAACGCUUUGGCUCUUAACACUUACUGGAAGAACAGGAGAAGGUUAGCUACCAGUUUAUCGUGGACAACAACAGGCCUCGGCCCAAUGCUAUGGCCUCAAAUAAUAACAGCACUUUUUGCUGCUUUUGGUGAAACAGGAACAACAUUAAUUCUGGCUGGGUUUUCUUUACACGCUAUUGCAUGUGCUUUAAUAUUGCAACCUGUAGAAUGGCAUUCAAAAAGUCCUGGUUCCCAAGAUAUAGAAAAUAUUAUUUCAAACAAACCCAAUCAAAAAGAGGUUAAUGAAAAGAAAAAUGAUGAAAGUGGUUAUUUUAGCCAAGUAUCUAAACUUAAGAGUGUAUUUUCUAGCCAAUAUCUAUAUAAUGAAGAUGAUCCUAUAAAUCCAGGCUACGAAAUUACUGACCCUGGAAUUCCAAUGAUGAUUCGGGCAAAUGAUGGUUAUUACAGUCAGUCAAGGAGCAGAGUUUCAUCAAAAGACACAUCUACGAGAACAUCUCGAAUGACUUCUAAAAAACCCUCUAUGUCAAAUCUAGCAGAAAAUAGAUCGAGAAAAUCAUCCACAUUUUAUUUAAAUGAAUCAAAGACGAAUUCAUAUGCAAAUUUAGGUGGUUUGAAUCAAGAACGUGAAACAAAACCAUCCGCAAAACCAAAGCGUAAAACCUCAAUUAAUCUAGAAACUCAAAUUCCAGAAUCAGAAAUUGAAGAUUGCCCCACGCUCAAAGCACCACAGGAUUUGAAAGCAGAUGAAAAAGCUGCAGUUGAAAAAAUUGAUCCUGAAAAAGCAAAAUAUAUAGCUGAUCGCGUAGAGAAACAUUUAGCUGGGACAAAAAGUAUGAAGUCUUUCAAAAUGGAUGGACAGUAUAGUGAGAAAUAUAAUAAAGACAACCACAGUAAUAUAUCAUAUAAAAAUAUGGAUGAUUAUGACGAGAAAAAGUAUUUGAAAGAUAACCACAGUACUCAAUCUGCGAAAACAAAAAGUCGACGUAAGUCAAACAACUUCAACUAUGAAAGUGAAGUUUUAAAGCAGGCUUCUUUAAAACUAGAACAGUACCUGAAAGACAGAGAGGAUGAUAAUGACGAAGAAAAAAUUAAACUCUUAAUUAACAGCCCAAUGGAUGAUAAUGUCUUCGAUGAAAUGGACAAACGCACUGAUGAACAAGAAGAAAAAUUAACGUUCUGUCAAAAAGUUACAAUUUUCUUCGAUCUAGAUCUAUUACAAGAUUUUACAUUUGUAAAUUUGAUGUUAGGAAUAACACUAGCCAACUUUAAUGAACUAAAUUUUUCUAUACUCACUCCUUUUAUUUUGGGUGACUAUGGUCUAAGUAAGACGCAGAUUGCAUUUUUUAUGUCGUUAUUAGCUGGUGUGGAUAUCUGUGUUAGAUUUUGUAUUCCAUUUGUUGCUGGCAAAAUUGGAUGGGAUAACAGUUCGUUUUUUCUAUUUGGAGUUAUGACUAUGGCCAUGGGGAGAGUUGUUUUAUCAUUUUGCCAAGACUACAAGGUCGUUCUGCUCGUGGCAGUAAUGAUUGGUUUCGGUAAAGGCCUGCGAACGGUAUUCAUGGCACUUGUCAUUCCCUCGCACGUACCACUUCACAAACUACCUGGUGCCUCUGGUUUACUGCUGGUUACAGCUGGAAUCGCCUAUCUCAUUCUUGGGCCCAUAGUUGGACUAAUAAAGGACAGUGUAUCAACUGCCGUUAUUUUGCACACUUUGAAUAUAUUUACAUGGCUGACCGCGAUCUCUUGGGGUCUAGAAAAGUAUUUUACAAUGAGACGGCAGAAGUUACAGGAAAAUGAAAACGAUUCGUAAAUUAUUAAAUACAUCUACUUAAUUUAAUAAAUAUUUUUAUUACUUUA